GGAUAUGGAGAGAGAGGGACAGACAGAGCUGGUGUCAGUGAGUGAGUCUGCAGGGAACAACAUGUUUCUGCUCAUUAAAGACAGAAUGAUAUGUCGACUGGCGGAAAACACACACACACACACACACACACACACACACACACUCUCGCUCGCUUGCUGUAAUUUGACUUGGCAUAUGAGACACUGAUCUGACACUGAAAGCAGUCAGAUGACGGCGCGUAGGCAGCAGACACGCGCACGCACACACACACACACACACACACACACACACACACACACACACGCACACACGCAGAGUCAGGACAGCUCAUGCAGGCUGGCAGGACAUGAGUUUGUGCGAUCACAGUGACGUCUCCAGCUCUCUUGAGCAGAGUGCAGCGCCAUUAACCUCCCCGUCAAUCUGACAUGAUCUGACUGUCUGUCUGCAUGUGUGUGUGUGUGUGUGUGUGUGUGUGUGUGUGUGUGUGUGCUCUCACUGCCAGUCAGACAGGUUCCUCCGGUUCUAUUUAUAGCCUCCAGGAAAUAGGCUUGUUCUUACACGAGCACACAGACACACACACACACCUUUUUUCUCAGGUGUAUGCUGUGUACAAUUGGGGGAGGAGCUUAUUGCCGUGCUUCACCUUAUCUCCACUGUGUCCUCCACCACCUGAGUGGGCGUGGCCACCUGACAAGAGAAGUUUGAAAGAGAGGAAGUAGGAUUGUAUUGUUUGAGGAACUGCUGCUGUGAAAAGAGACUCACUGCUGAGGUGUGGUGUGCCUGUGUGUGUGCGUGUGUGUGAGUGAGUGAGUGUGUGCGCGUGUGUGAGGGAGCGAUACACACCGAGAGGUGAAGGGAAACUUUGUGUAGAGUUAACAUAACAACGGGUGGAGGGAAUGUUUGCUUAAGAACAGGAAGAAGAAAGAGAUGGACAGAAGACCGUCCAAGUAGCUCCAGAAAACAGCAGAAUUUGAGAGGCAAACUUCCUCUCCGUUGCUUCGUGCCUGCCAGACUCUCUGCGCUACCCGGAGUUUAAGGCUGCUGUGUUAGUGUUACCCAGCUCGCACGGACGCCGAGGUCAUCGAUGCCCGGGUUGUGUCAGCCCAGCGGGUGCUGCAUGGCGCCCCUGUUGUUUCGCUGCGAGGCACGGGGGCAGGGGGACGACGACCAGCUCAGCCAAGCCGAUCAACUGGAGACCAGUCACGUUGAGAAAUCAAAGGGGAGUCGCCUGGUGCCAGAGAAAAGCGUGAAGGAGGGAAUCCUGUUAAAGCAGACCAGCUCCUUCCAGAGGUGGAAGAGGAGGUACUUCAAACUCAGAGGGAGGACCCUCUAUUAUGCCAAAGACUGCAAGUCUCUUAUCUUUGAUGAAGUGGACCUAUCGGAUGCCAGCGUGGCUGAGACCAGCACCAAGAACAUCAACAACAGUUUCACGGUGAUCACCCCUUUUCGCAAGCUAAUGUUAUGCGCCGAGAGCAGGAAGGAAAUGGAGGACUGGAUCAGCGCUCUUAAAUCCGUCCAGAAGUGGGAAACCUACGAGGCCAGCCAGUUCAACAUGGAGCAUUUCUCCGGGAUGCACAACUGGUACGCCUGCUCGCACGCCAGACCGACCUUCUGCAACGUCUGCAGGGAGGCUCUGCCGGGCGUCACGUCCCACGGCCUGUCCUGUGAAGUCUGUAAGUUCAAGGCUCACAAGCGCUGCGCAGUUCGCUCCACCAACAACUGCAAGUGGACCACGCUGGCCUCCAUAGGAAAUGACAUCAUUGAGGAUGAGGAAGGGGUGUUCAUGCCCCACCAGUGGCUGGAAGGCAACCUGCCUGUCAGCGCCAAAUGUGUGGUGUGUGACAAGAACUGUGGCAGCGUGCGGCGGCUGCAGGACUGGCGCUGCCUCUGGUGCAAGGCCAUCGUCCACAACAGCUGCAAAGAACAAAUGGGGAAGGUGUGUCCCUUGGGACAAUGUCGAGUGUCAAUCAUUCCUCCCACUGCACUUAACAGCAUCGACUCUGAUGGCUUCUGGAAGGCCACCUCGGCGUCGUGCACCAGCCCUCUCCUGGUCCUGGUCAACUCCAAAAGCGGAGACAACCAGGGGGUGAAGUUCCUCCGCAAGUUCAAGCAGCUCCUGAACCCUGCACAAGUCUUUGACCUGAUGAACGGAGGACCGGAGCUCGGCCUGCGCCUCUUCCAGAAGUUUGUGACGUUUCGUAUCCUGGUGUGCGGAGGAGACGGCAGCGUGGGCUGGGUGCUCUCAGAGCUGGAUAAACUCAACCUCCAUAAACAGUGCCAGCUGGGCGUCCUGCCUCUGGGCACGGGUAACGACCUGGCUCGCGUCCUGGGCUGGGGAGGCCUCUGCGACGACGACGCUCAGCUGCUGCAGAUCCUGGAGAAGCUGGAGAGAGCCACCACCAAAAUGCUGGACCGGUGGAGCGUGAUGACGUACGAGGUGCCCGCCACCACUAAACGCACGCCCAUCGUGAAAGAGGACGACAGCCUUGAUUCUCCUCUGCAGGUCCACAUCACUCAGUAUGCGGACUCCGUGGCCUCACACCUCGCCAAGAUCCUGGACUCGGACAGACACAGCGAUGUGAUUUCCUCUGCCAAGUUCCUGUGUGGGACGGUGAAUGAUUUCGUGGCGGAGGUGGGGAAGGCGUACGAGAGAGCCACGGAGAACAAGGAGGAGGCAGAUGCUAUGGCAAAGAAGUGUGCAUUGCUGAACGAGAAGCUCGAUUCCCUCGUCAAGGCCUUAAGCGAGGAAGCGGAGGCUCAGGUGGUGCCAGCGGGUUCAGUGCCCAGCCAGGAGAGCGGCGGCUCAAGCCCUGGCGAAAAUGGCGGCGAGUCGGGUUCAGAGGGUAAAACGUACCGGUCAAAGGAGCAGCUGAUGCUCAGGGCCAACAGCCUGAAGAAAGCCCUGAGGCAGAUCAUCGAACAGGCUGAGAAAGGUAGGAGGAAGGCCUCAGCAGGAACAGAUGGAAAAGUGGUGGACGAGCAGAACCGACACACUCAGGUCCAGAGGAUGUCGUCCUCGUCCUCCAUCAAAAGAGAAAGCAGCGAGGAGCUGAAGGAUGCUGAGCCACGUCCAGGAGGCUUGAGUCCCGUGUCCCCCGUUGUUCUUGAGAAAGCAGAGAGUCUCGGCACGGUCACCUUCAGCGAGGAGUCUGUGCAAUGUUCAGAGAAGUGCGUGAUGAACAACUACUUCGGCAUCGGCCUGGACGCCAAAAUUUCCCUCGAGUUCAACAACAAGAGAGACGAGCACCCGAAAAAAUGCAGCAGUCGCACCAAGAACAUGAUGUGGUACGGAGUGCUGGGAACCAAAGAGCUGGUGCAGAAGACCUACAAGAACCUGGAGCAGCGAGUCCAGCUGGAGUGCGACGGGGUUCCCAUGUCUCUGCCGAGUCUGCAGGGCUUGGCUGUGCUCAACAUCCCCAGCUAUGCAGGCGGCAUCAACUUCUGGGGAGGCACCAAGGAGGAUAAUAACUUUGGCGCUCCGUCAUUUGAUGAUAAGAAGUUGGAGGUGGUGGCGGUGUUUGGCAGCAUGCAGAUGGCCAUGUCCCGAGUCAUCAACCUGCAGCACCACCGCAUUGCACAGUGCCGCCAGGUGAAGAUCACCAUCCUCGGGGAGGAGGGGGUCCCUGUGCAGGUGGACGGAGAGGCCUGGAUCCAGCCUCCUGGCAUCGUCAAGAUUGUCCACAAGAACCGGGCACAGAUGCUCACCAGAGACAGAGCGUUCGAGAGCACACUGAAGUCGUGGGAGGACAAGAGGAAGAUCGACAGCUACCGCGCCAGCAGGCCCCGCCUUAACUCCCAGCAGUCCAUGGAGUACCUGACUGAGGAGGAGUGCGCUCAGGUUCAGCAGCUGGGCAUCGUGGCCGACACUCUCAUCAAUAAGAUCCGCGAGGCAGCCAAGACCCACAAGGCAGUGGAGCAGGAGUUGGCUCACGCCGUCAACGCCACCGCCCUGGUGCUCACGGAGGCCAAACUGUCCAGCCCAGAGUGUCUGAGUCGCAGCACGGCGGUGGAAAUCGUCAACAGCAGCAAAGUUCUGCAGGCUGAGACCAGGAUGCUGCUUGAUGGAAAACUACUGUCGGAUUCUCCGGAGGAGGAGGAGCUUCGGUCGUCUCUGAACAGCCUCAGCGCUGAGCUCCACAAGCUGGACGACAUCCACUGGAUCUGUCCGCUCAUGCAGUGUUCAGAGGAGGACUCAGUGAGGGCCAGCAGUAAGAGCAGCAGCAGCAGCAGCAGCAGCAUGAAGCUGAAAAUCAUACCCAAAGGGAAGAAGGAGCGAGAGAAGCUGCACAAGCAGAAGUCCAACAGCUCUCUCUCUGGAGCUUGGGAUAUCAGAGGUGGACCUGGUGAGGCAGAUUCCUCAGGCAAUUGAAGCGUGAGGUGCUUUAUUACUGCCCUCGUUUCAUCCAGGGAUGAGGAGCUCCCCUCCUGUUCUCCUCCCCUGCAAUACCCAGUGGCCUGACAGAGGAAGAAGAGGAAAAAUCUUUGCAACUUUUAUGCUGUUUUUAAGUUCUUUACCCUCCAUUUUGCAGGGAGGAGCUUUCUUUCCUCUCCUUUUUUUUCUUUUUAAAUGUGUAUUGAAGGUAAAGGGGACUGGUUUUGCAUGGCUUCACCACUGAGGUUCUGCUUUUGGUUCAGUUUACCUGUUUGAUUUUGGAAUUUGCCGUGGCCAGCAGUGAAUCAAAGAGGGGACGAGGGAGGCGCAGAACCAAAGCGUUCUCGCAAUAUUUUUUUUCUUUGACAAAGAAUUGUGUUCACAUGGUGCUCUCCUCGCAUGUCGAGUGCAGCCAUUUUAUUUUCUAACUGUCAGAAGAUGUUACAACCUUGUAAUUCUUUUCUCUUUAACUUUUAAUCGUUCUAUUUCUGAACUUAUGAAUAGCCUUUUUUCUUUGUCAAGACUUUCAAAGAGUAUUUAUUUGUUGUUGCUACUGCCAUGAGAACUGAAACGGCAACAAAUCAGCAAAAUGAACAAACUGAAACAUCUCAAACUUAUCAUCUACUGAACUGGGGAAUAUCUUAAAUGUUGCAAAAAAUGUACUGAGGAAUGUACUCGUGUGGACUUGUAUUAACCUGUGAAUAAUGAUGACGUUAAAUUAUGAAUUAUAUGAGAUUUCAGGUUCUGCUGUUGUGGUUCUAAAGUGGUUCUUAAUAUCCUGUUGUCUGACUAGUGUGGUACGAGGCUAUGCAGCCACGCUGCAAACAAAAAACAAACAAAAAAAAACAAACAAGGUUUUUAUGCGAUGAGUCAUUUCAUCUGGAAUUGAGCCUCAUGAAAAGGGUUGACUCUGGGAUUUAAAGUAAAAAAAAAAAAAUUGUUUUUGUUUUGUUUUUUCCACCCGUUUUGAGGUACAGUACCAGAUGGAAUGACUCAGCUGUAUUUGGCAGUAUAUGGUGAAGGUGUUUACAGGAGGAGGAAGCAUCAAGGACACAUUGGUAAAACAUUACAGCUACUCAGCGUAUUACUCCUUCUUUGCCAUACUUGUGAUUGUAAAUGUAAUAUAAGAAUAAGAGUCAGUGGAAUUUGAUUUUGCCUUGUCUCUGGUUAAAAUCUAUUAUCAUUAUUAUGAUUAUUAUUAACAGCAUAUAUAUUUUUUGUAUAUUUUAUUUUCCCAAUGGUAAUCUGUGAAGCUGUCCUGGCUUUGCUGCUUCCCCCUUUGACAAAACUCUUUGCCCACCGUGCAUAUAAUGAAAGCCAAUUAAUGCUGUUCUGUGUGUCCCUGCAUGCAUACUUAGCCUUUCUUCGCCUCACAGUGAGGGCUGAAGUUGCCUCGAAGUAUUGAAUUUUAGUUUGUUUGUUCGGAGGAGCAGCGUUUGCAAAUCAGUUGUUUUUGUUCUAACCUGCUUGUCACGCCAGAUUUUCUGAGUUUCACAGCAAGACAACACUUAUUUAGCAAAAAAAAAAAACAAAACAAAGAAAACACUUAAAUGUAUGUCAAAUACUUUACUUUGUUGUCCAAACUUAAAGAGUGUAUCGAUUUACACUCCAAGCAGGUUAAAACAAACACAAAAGUUUCAUGUAUCUGUUAUUUUCAGUGCUGUUGUACACGUGCUGCCAUUCGAAAAUGCCUAAAUAUCCACGUUUAUCCGUUCCUGAGGCAACUACUACCCAAGUUUUACAGUAAUAUUCUUGAGAGUUUGAUUUUUUUGGGAAAGUCACUUAUUUGCUGUGUUACCACAAGAUAACUAAAAAGAUUAAUACUUGUUUGUUUGUUUCAUAUCAGUGCAGUAAGUAAAGCUUCCCCAUAGGGUUAGCUUAGCUUAGCAUAAAGAACAAUUGAAGAGUUGUCGACAGGGUUUCCCUGUCAAAAGUAAAGUACGCCUUCCAGCGCGUCGCAGAAUGUGUUAUCAGCUUGCUCACUAGCUACCAAGUACAACUCGUGUCACCUGUUUACAAAAACGUUUGAAGCUAGCAUCUUUGCUUUGAUGAAUUUAAGAAAAAGCUCAAAAGGAUCUUUUUUAAAACUAAUAAAUCCAGUUGAUAAGACAACUUUGUGAUCGCUGGAGCUUUACUUGGAGCUAGGCUAGGCUAGCUGUUUCCCAUGCUUCUAGUGCUUUGUGACAAGCUAUGCUGAACACGUUGUGAAGCUAAGUCUAAUCUUUAUGCGGUUCUUCUGAUCUUAAUGCUCUGCAAGACAGCAAAAAUGUGAAUUUCUUAGAAUAUCAGUUUAUUGCUUUAAGUACUUUAAGUUUUAACUGCCAGGAUGUAAUAAAGAAGUAAUGUUCUCUAGUUAAGAUUAAACCUGAGUUAAAUAUGAGCUACAACAGUCUACAAACUGUCUGCCAGGUGGAGUUAACUACAUUUUUUGUGAAAAACAUAGAAAAGUGUUUGUUUUCUAGACUUCUAGACUACAGUUAACCACCACUUUAAAAACUACAAAAAAGAGGGACAAAACAUUAAGGCUAAGACACUUUGACUCAGGUCUCAUCAAGAAGUGUCAAACUGCUUUUUUCAAGCUUUAACUUGUUUAUUACAUCCUCAAAGCAGGCUGUGAACUUGUAAAGGAUUAUUUCUGUGCUUUUCUUCCCCCCACUCAUGUAAAGGGUUAGUUUUUGAUUUUCUCACUGAUUUACAUGUGCUAACUCAAGCUAACCUUGGACAGGGCGGAGUCACUGUGAGGCGCUGUAGAUGAUCAGCUGUGGUAGGACUGUGCUACUGUAUCCAUAGUGUGCCAGCUAUAUGCUCUACACCUUAGAGGCUUUAGUGGUGUUGUGCCAAGUAUGUACUGAGUUCAAUGGGUUAUGAGACAUACAAGGUGUGUGUGUGUGUGUGUGUGUGAGAGAGAGAGAGAGAGGGCGCGAGCUUCAGAUGCGAAAGUUGCUUAUGUCGUACAUUUCAAAGUUUACUGUAUCUUGCCUUGCACUUUACGAAGAAGCAAACUUAACGGGGAAAAAAAAGACAUUUGUGUGCGUGUUAAAGGUUUUGAUUGUUGUUUUAUUUUAUUUUUUUGAAUUGAUUUGAUGACAGAAAUCUUUUAUUUAUGAUAAAUGUAUACGGACAAAAUGUGUGGAUAAAAUGUAAUAUAUAUAACCAAAUGUAAAAGAAUGAUAAACAUAUAAAGAUGUAUACACAAAUGUUUAUUACAUCAGUGGUUGUACAUCUCCCACAGCAGCUUGAGAUCUCCCAUUUAACGCCAGUGCUAUUACGUAUGAUCAUGUGUCAUUCCGUUGCCAACUCAGUGAAGUGUCUGUCCAAUGUUAACACCAAUUGGUUUCCAAAUGGUAUUCAAAAAAAGUCAACCAACAUUGAAGUAAGCCAAAGUCAGAGAAAUUCUCCAGUGUUAUUACAGACUACCAGUGAAUCGUUUACACAUUCUGCACUUUGUGUGUGAUUUUUGAAACUGUAACAUCUACUCAGAAAGAAAACCCUCUGCUUUAGUUAGCAUUUUGUUGUGCUGAAAAUGAACGAUGGGUACAAACAUUUAUGGAAGCCAUUUUGAGAUACUACUUGCCUAUGUUUAAUUAUCUUUUAACUGCAGUUGUGUCUUUUUUAAAACAUUACUUCUUACAUCUUUUAUUUCCUACACGUUUUUGUCUUUUUUUUUCGACUGAAACUCUUCCAAGGAGUUGAAUGGAGCUGAGAAACUGAAACGAAUCCACAGAUUACAAACACCCCGCCAUGUUUGUGCAACAGUAUUUCCAUAGACAACAUCUGUGAAUGCACCCCCCAAACCCUCGAUCUGAACAGCCUAUAGACUGUGUGCGCAAUGCUGGAAGCCAGACUUGAUGUUGCACGACCUUGUGUGUCGCGAGGUGUUUUAUUGUGUUAUUGUGUGCAGUGUGUAACAAACACAAAGUCAGCGCAAACCCUUUGGAGAUUAAAUGACUUCUUGAAGCGUGAA